CUGCUUUUCCUACACGUUUUUUUGUUUUCUGGUUCUUUCCUGCGCAAUUACUCUUCGAUAUCGCAUAGGAGUAUUAGCUUUACAGUUACGGCAAGCUUUGUACGAUUUAGAAUGGUGGCCAGAGCCAGACACAAUUGCGACCGACUAUAGAGCCCACUUUGACGAACAAUUCCAGCACGGCAGACCACCGACGACCGCGAAUCAAUUUAUGACGCCUUGCAGCUGGUGAACGACUUUUCUCUUCUUUGUGGUAUAUCAGCUGUUGGCUCAGCCGAGAAGGAGGUGACAGGAGAACUUAUGCGUCGACGGAUGCCCCGGCUCGUGCCAUUAAGUCGGAGGACGUCCGUCGCCAAGUUCGCGAGCUGUCGCGCUUGUGCGGAGCAAGUCGGUCGGUGCUAUUCCGUUUACUCUCGACCGACGACGAAUGAGCCGUCUGCUUCUCGCAGACCAAGACCUGUCUGCAAACAAUUUUCUCGCGAGCAGACGCCGUGGAUUGGCGACCGGGUGCUUUCACGCGAGUUGAGGAGGUUCAUCCACUUGACGCAACCACGACGGUCGAGUCAUCCGAAAAGUACCUCGCAGUCGUCAAUUGCGGAUAGCGAGCAUGCCGGUGCAGUGGGCGAGCAAGAGGACGAUAGUCGCGCGCCUGGGGAGUCACCGACAAAGCCUACCAAACCGGCAUCCGCCGCGAAGCCCAAUCUUUCGAGCAAAAUGAGAAGGAAAGGAGAAAGCACAGUCAAGAAGUUCGAUCCCAUCUUGCUACCCCCAGAUCUCCACAAUAUAUCGUUACAGGCAGACGCGGCGUUUUUCUCGGAAUGGGUCUACCCACCGGCCGCCACUGCUGAGGAGACACUCAAUCCUGAAAGAGCACACUUGUCAUUUUACUCGAAAUGGGUCGACCCACCGGCCGCCGCUGCUGAGGAGACGCACAAUCCUGAAAGAGCACACUUGUCAUUUUACUCGAAAUGGGUCGACCCACCGGCCGCCGCUGCUGAGGAGACGCACAAUCCUGAGAGAGCAGGCGCGUCAUCUUUCUCGGAAUCGGUCGACCCACCGGCCGUCGCUGCUGACGAGACGCACAAUCCUGAGAGACCACGCUUGCCAAUUUUCUCGAAACGGGUCGACCCACCGGCCGCCAUUGCUGAGGAGACGCACAAUCCUGGGAGACCACGCUUGCCAAUUUUAUCGAAACGGGUCGACCGACCGGCCGUCGCUGCUGAGGAGACGCACAAUCCUGAGAGAGCUGCUGAAAAUCACGACAAACAUCACGACGAAAACCACGACGAAGAUCGCGACCCAGAGGUUGACCCAGAGUCUCCAACACCCACAGAGAAUCAGAGGCCCGGGCUUACGAGAAAGCAAUUUAUCCCAAAAAUCAAGGGAUACUUGCUUGCCUUUGAAAGCUAUCUGGCGUCGGCGAUGCCUAAUUUUGUUCCAAUCGAUGACGAUCGACCGAAGCCAACAGAACAGCAAGGAGAUUUACCGAGUGUUGAGAUUAUGGGUAGUGAGCCUUAUCCUACUGAUCGUCCUCAGAGCCAGAGGGUAGAGCGGCGUCAAACAAACCUGCUUGAACAUGAGGAUAAGAAUGACUCCCCGGAAGCUACAUCUCAUCCUUCUUUGAAAGAAUUGAUAUACUCGUUCUUCAGCCUCUACGCCGACGACCCGAAAUUCCCCGAACUCGGCCAGAGGCCACGGUCGGUGCUCGACUUUCAGAUACAGCAGACGCGCUUCCGACUACAUCUCGGCAGGAAGGAGCUCCCACAAGCCGAAGUCGCUAAAAUCGCGCGCUACUUAUUCCAAACCGACGAUCUCGAUCCGGGUAUGGUUGCGGAUUUAUUCAAGCACAUGUACCGGCACCAAAUGCACGCCGACAUCAUCAGGUUCGCACUGCGGACCAUGGAAAUUUGGACCGCGGCCGAAGCCACGAGCUUGUUUAUUCUGCACAAAGCAGCUUUACCGAAAGUUGCCAUGGCUGUCAUGUUCCGCACCUGCGUCGGCUUACAGCAGCAUCAUUUCGCGCGCCAGAUAUUAGCAGAGGCGUAUUCGGACCCAGCUUUUGCAGAAAUAUUUGGAGUGAAUAAUAGCGAGGAGUUGACAGAGCUGGAAAAGGAGCUUUUCUUCCAAGCGCAGCUCGAACACUCGAUUACCAACGCGACAGAUCCCAAAGCACUUUCCGAGCUGGUCAACGGUUCUAAAAUGAGCGACUUGAUCCGACGCAGCGAGGAGACGAUGAAGCUCGUGAUUUCCCGGCUGAUCAAGCUGGGAGACACUAAUUCAGCGGUUGACAUUGUCGUCAACUCUGUCUUUCGCAAUCCUCAAUACAUCUUUUACGCGCUGGAGAUCGCUGUCGAAGAGGGCGCUGAGCUCUCGGGGCGGCUGGAUGACAUCCUCUCGUCUGGUGUUGCGCAGCUGUUGGCGGCCGGCAGGACUUUCGACAGUCUUAGAUUUGUCGUGGAUUUGACGGACCGGCACAAUACCAUGGAAGUCUGGAGUUUUCUUGCCACAGGCUCCCGUACGGCAAUCACUCGCAGCGAAGAUGUCGAUCAUGAUCUGUGCACAAAUUCCGAGAGACUCUCAAAGCGACUAGCGCGGGCGUUUCUAAACCGCGCAAUCGAGUUUGGCGACGCAACAUUGUUUCUACGCGUCCUGCAGACGAAAUUGCCGGAACGGGUCUAUAUCCAUAUGGCGCCUGGCCACACGGCUGAAAUGUAUGAGCUCUUACUGAAGCGGACGUACUCGUCCGAAAUGUCUGUGCUGACCGAGCAGCGGACUAUCAACAUGAUGGCCGCGCUUUUGUCCGCGCAGAGCCCGAUUGCGGCGCGCAGGAGUUUCCAGCGAUUGCUGAGCCGGAUCCGGAGGUACCGCGAUGUAACAGAAGAGCGAAAAUUGCAAUAUGUGUAUGCAAUGUUGUCGGCGCUGGCUAAAGUGCCCGGAUUGCAAAUGUCAGCGCGGUUCUGGAUGGUCAUGGAGCCGAUUGUUCUCCACGGCAGCGAGAAUUUGCGGAAAGCCGUCACGAUGCGGUUCCGCAAUACCAUUGGGCCCGAUACAGCGCUCGCGGUAUUACACAAUCACGUGGACAAGCAUCGCGCCACUCUCACGUACGAUUACUUGUUGCUUUGCGGAUAUUUGUCCUUGCCAAAGAAACCUUCUAGGGACCUGCCGGAGAAGCUGUUUUCGGAACUCAAGUGCACGAUUCUCAGUAUGCUAUCCAACCAUAGCGUCGCUGACGAAUCUGAGUUUCCGGAGGUAGCUCUGAGAACGACCGAAACGAUGCCGGCUGAGGUGAUAAAUGCUCGAACAGUUGCAGUUGAACGUCUUGUCAAUAUGAUGCAUGAGAAGUAUGACUUACCCGAAUCCUUUUUCCAAUGGUAUCUACAGGUCAUGAUGUAUUACCAUCAAUUCGAAUUUGUGUUUGAGACAAUCAUGGCUGGACAUGAGCAAUUAAUGAAGGCGAAUCGCGGAGAAAGAAGAAAGAGCAAAGUCAGGUUGAACAAGGUAUCCCAGUCCUUGCUGGAGGAGCUCCAGUUCAAAGCACUUCAGGCGCGACAACCUUAUUGGGCCUUAUACGGCUGGGGACUCGGACAAUUUAUGUUUGGUAGAACACAACCUGAACACGACGAAAAAUUGAUUCGUCUAACGUUCAGACUGCUCGAGUCCGAAACAAAAUCAGGGCUGGAGGGGUCGGAUUUCGCAUUACGAAUGGAGUGUGUGAAACUGAUGUCGGAGAUCAGGAGCAGACACAUUGAUCAAUGGAUUGAGAGAGUCACGAAUAUUCUCAAGCAGGGUUUUGAACUCAUUCGUACUGAUGAGCGCGAGAGUCCCUUUAUUAGCCCGAGUGCUAUUAUGAUGGUCUCUGAAAAGAGACUGACUGAAGCUCUGAAGACCCUCGUUGCCGCCGCCGAUGUUUAUUGCGAAUUACCGCAAUUUAAUUGGGAACAAUACUUGUGGCGUAUGCGCAGAGUGCUUCUUCAUCGCGCUAGAGGUCGUCACAUCUAUUUGAUAGUCGAGGCGCGGUAUUCUGCACUGGUCAGACUAGUCAAGAAUUACGUUCGUCUGCACGACUGGUGGGGCGUCGAAUUGGAGCUCAUACGGCGUGGGCCGGAUUAUUAUUUUGAUCGCCAUAAGCAGGCGACGCGCAUAAAGGCAGAUGAUGAGCUUAUGGAAGCGAUGAGCGAAAUAGGAUAUUACACGGAAGCGGGAGUCAGGCGAGACAUCGGGGAAGUGUUCAAGGACCAAGAAAAAGAAGAGCAGAUAAAGGUCGAAUUUAUGGAAAGGUUGCAAGACCGAGACCCGCUCGAAUGGGGAACUGAACAUUUAGAUGAAGCGUCAGCAUCCGCUGCGGGGCAGCCCGAGACUCGGAGACGCAGAAGAGAAAUGCCCAAAAGAGACACAAGAGUGCUCCUGCGACUGCAGGCUCUGCGUCGAAGGCGUCCUCCGCGUCCGCCGUACCGUCGCCCACUGUACCGCGGCAACACAGUAAAGUCAGGAGAAUAUUACCCUGGAAGGGGAAGGCAUCCUGCGACGGGAGAAUAUGUGUCAGACACAGACUCUGCGGCAUAGCGGCGUCAUCGUAACAAGGAGGUGUAAAGCGCAUUGUACUGUCAUAUAGAAGAGUUUUUUUGUAUCAUAUGGGUAAUGCAUCAGGUAUUUAGGAUAUAUAGUAAUGAUAAGAAAUCAACAAUCAUAUGAAUGAACAAGCACGCCGCACGCACUGUGAGGCUCGGCGU